AUGCUUCAGGAUAACAGUGCUUCAGUUGAUCGGAUUUCAGUUAAAAUCCCACCGUUUUGGCCCAACGGUCCUGAAAUUUGGUUCCUGCAAGUGGAAAAUCAAUUUACAUUUGCAAACAUAAAAGGUGACGCAACAAUUAAAAGACUACUUGAGCAUGAAGAACUGGGCGAUCGACGAUCUUCUAAAUUCUUACGACAUUUACAGUCUUUAGCAGGCACAACAGUACCAGAUGAUAUUGUAAGGUCUCUGUGGUUAGGUAGACUGCCAUCGUCUACACAGGCUAUUCUAGCUACUCAAUCUAAAGCUAGUUUGGAUGCAGUUGCCGAGCUAGCUGACACAAUCUCCGAAGUUAUAGCUCCUAGCGUCCAUAUGUCAGAAGUUUCCAACGCGCGUGAAAGUACCAUCGAUAAAUUGACAGCCGAAUUAGCUGAAAUAAAAAUUCAGCUAGCUAGUUUGUCGCAGGCUCAAGCACAAACUAACACAUACCGUCGUAACCGCAGCAACUCAAGAGGCAGACCUUAUCCUAGAGACAGAAGCUACAGCAGGGAACGUAAUAGUGACAUUUAUUGA